AUGGCUCAGAUCAACGUACUUUCUCAUUUAUCACAUGUUUCGUUCCACGACCAGAAUGAAUCUGACUACCAUCAAAACCGCCCUGCAAUUGCGCCCCAGCCGAGUGGCAAUAAAGUGAACAUUCGUUUGCCGGAUAUGUUCGUUCUGUUUUUAGCGGAACCCCCUCGAGUUAAUUCCCAUUAUGACCGAAUUAAAGCCGAAUCAGAGGCCUGGUUUGCUGAGAAAUGCCAGCUCAAUGAUCGACUAAGAAAAAUCAUCAGCAAAACCGACUUUUCAUACUUUUGUGCCAUUACCGCCGCAGAGGCAGGGCCGCAGGAGCUUAGGACCCUUUGUGACUGGGGCAAUUGGGUCUUUCCGUUUGAUGAUAUGUUCGAUAACGGCAAUCUCAAGGAGAAUCCGGAAGAGGCACAAAAAGUCAUUGACGUCUUGUUGUCUGACAUGGUUAUCGACCCCGAUCAAUCGAAUACAAAUAAUGGAGAGUCCAGUCACGGCCAACUUUCAGAACAACAAGGGUGGCUCAUAGAUGUCCACAAAUUGGUCUGGACGAGGAUCACUGAAAGUUCUCCAGUUGGAGUUCAAAAGCGAUUUGCCAAGCAUAUACAUAGCUAUUGCAAAGGCAGCAUGGAACAAGUGCACUGGCGAUCUAAAGGCCAGCUACCUUCCGUCCAGGAGACGCUUGAUGUGAGACGAAAAUCGGCUGGUGUUUUACCGUUGUUUGCUUUGGCCGAGUACGCUCUCAAACUCAAUAUUCCGGACGAAGUUUUCGAUUGCGAAAGCAUCAAGGAGAUCGAAAGAAUUGCCGUGGAUUUUGUUGUGAUCCAAAACGAUAUUUUGUCUUAUUGCAAAGAGGAGGAUGAAGGAAUUCCGCACAACCUGGUUGCAAUAACCCGUUAUCAGCUGCAAUCAACUAACAUACUAGGAGCGUCCCAUCCGCAAGUCGCAUUCGAUAGCGUUGGCGCACUUCUUGUUGAGUUGUAUCAACGAUGGUUCCUUGCUCUGGCGGUGCUGCCUUCAUGGGGAGAGAAAAUUGACAUUGACGUUCAGAGAUACAUUGCCAGCGUGAAAGCAGUUGUCAUGGCCAAUCUAAAUUGGAGCUUCCGAUCAGAGAGAUAUUUUGGGAAACGAGUUGCGGAGGUCAGACGGACGAGAGUUGUGCAAGUGUUGGAGAGAUUGGAAAUUGCUAUUUGA